AUGGGUGACCGAGGCGCGCGGCGCGGCGCCGGCGGAGCCCCUUUCUACGCGCCGCCGCGGCGGAAGACAUCCGCAGAAAUCAUCAGCGAAGCGAGGGCUGCACUUUAUGGAGAUAUGAACGGAGCGACGAGCAGCGCGGGCAGCGGUGGCGCCCUCCGCCCGCUGCGUACUCGUCGUCCGUUCACACCCAGAGAACCACAGCGAGUUCUAUUCGGAGAACGAGCGAGGAGGGACCCACGACCGCCCAGUGCGUUCGAUCUCAAAUACCUGAGCCUGUGUGAGAGUACCGAGGAUGCCCGCGUCGCCGGGCUUGAGGAUGAGCUUAACAGCGCCCUGCAUCCAGAGACGCAGAACAUCAAGAAGAAGACUACCCGCCAGCCUGCCGCUCGUCAGACUGCAGAACGAACUGGUGAGGGUUGGAGCGCGUUCCCGAAGCUUCCACACCUCAGUGGAAAGAGCAAACCUCUGCAUCGUAGGAACACUACAGGACAGACCACGCCUGAUGGAUCGAAGAAUGAAAUAGAUUUGGCCAAUGUCAUAUCAGUUACGCGCCCUUUGGGAAGUGAGAGCGGCGACGAGUUUAGUACGGAACUCAACAGUAAAUCUCUAAGUCCAGAUCCUGGGAUACGUCGGAAGCAAUUCGCGACCACUAAGGCACAGUCGUACGACGUCGGAGGUGGCUACCCCCUGGGGAGCAUACCCGUCAAACAUCUCGCAGUUCAAUUACCGAACGCCUCAUCAGCAUCUAUGGACCUAGAGAGUAUGACAUCCCUCGAGCUCGCUGAAGCUCUCGCCCAGCGCAGUCGAGACGUGGAACGGACAGUGCUGCUGAUGGAGGCUCUUCAGAACUGCCUGGAGAAGUCCAUGCCAGCUUCCAGUCUGAGGGAUAUGGUGCUGCGCUCGUUCUACACUCAUAUAGACUGUGAUGAUGAGAGGGUGCUGGUCGCUAUAGCGAGGGCUAUGCUUACGAUGAGAGUGACGGGAGCCCAUUUAGCAGCAGCUUGCAAACUGGUCUUUAAGAUUGCAAGAAAUGACAAGAAUGAUCACUUCUUCAGGAAUACUAAUUUGCUAGAGCUGCUCGUGGAAGGCUGCGGUCGCGCCGAUCCGCUAUCCGAAGGCGAAUGCUGCGUGUACGGAGCAGGGGCGCUCCGCUUCCUGGCUCUGGAGCCCCGACUGUGCGCUCUCGCUCAUCGCGCUGGUGCGUUACAUCUCGCAGCGUUGCAUUUGAAGAUACUGAAUAAUGCUAAAGCCGAAAACCCACGCGCCGUAUCCGAGCAGUCCACACACGCCCUCUACCAACUGACGGGUGCACUACGCAACCUGGCGAGUGGCGAGCGCGCGGCGCGAGCAUUCGUGUCAAGCGGCGCACUCGGCGAAUUGCUGGGCGCGCUUGCGCAUCAUACAGAUCGGGCUGUGCUCACUAACGUUGCUCGGUGUCUUAGUGUCUUGUCAGCGAACGAGUCAUGCUGCCUCUGGCUAUGCGGGGCUCCAUCGAGUGCAAGCGCGCUGCUCCGGGCGCUAGCGGCCUGUGCCUCACGAGCGCCGCUCGCCGUGCGCCUGGCUUACGUGCUGGGCAAUAUGGCCGCCGCCACUGACCAGGCUAGGCUGAAUAUUUACAACGAGGAGGGCGGAGUGGACGUUUUACUGACGAUCCUGGAGUCGUACACGAAAAGAAACAACGACCACGAAGUUAGGGAAUCGGAUAGCGAUCCCGACAUGCAUUUAGUUGGUACAGACAUGGGUGGCUCAGAUGGCUCCAAUGAAGAUGUGCUAAUCAAGACAGUUCGAGUGGUAGCGAACUUGUGCCUGACGGAGCGUGCGGGGCGCGGUUUGUGUGCGGCGCACGCUGAACGCACUGUGCGUGCGUUGCUGGCUUGUCUGGAACUGGCUGAGAAACCUCUUGAAACGACGGUCAAAGAAUCUGAAGAGGGUGCGAUGGACCGUCGAGAAGAGUUGGCCACGGCAGCGCUGGCGACGCUCAACAAUGUGACGUUUUACCGCGAGCCUCCGGCAUCUCCCGACCCCUUGGAGGAACCGCUUGAUGACAUCUGCAAAGCGACGUGCCGUUGGCUAGGCGGCGGUGGCGGCGCGAACGCUGCGUGCGAAGCUGUUCGCGCGCUGGGCAACUUGUCACGCUCACAACGCGCCGCGCAACUCAUCGUGCUUGAAGGCGUACUGGACGCACUGCCUGCCUUCCUGCAUCAUGAGGAAGCCAGCGUACGCUGCGCCGCCGCUGGCGUCCUUGUCAACGUCUGUGGCGCCGGCUGCGAAGCGCGAGCGGCGGGCCAGGCGGCCGCACGCGCGCUAAACGCAGCUGCGGCGGCGCGUGACGCACCUGCGGCUGCGUUACUUGCGCGGGCGUUGUGGAACGCGCACGCCCAUUGUCCGCUCGCGCCCGCUAAUACUAAGCAGGCUGCAGCGGCUCUCGCUGCGUUCAUUGAUGACGAGUCUGUGUUCGCGGCGUGCGAGGCGCCCGCUGCCGGCGAGCGGCGCGCCAGCGAUCCGGAAAUAAAACAUCACGUGAAGUUCGACCUCGACAACAACAACUACUCAAACAAGGAGUUCGAGCGACCGAUGUUCGUGAAAGCACACAGCGUUGAACAUGAACUGCAUCUUGAGGGCUGCUCAGAAGAAGACAGUGACCAUGCGCUUUCAGGAGAAGACCUUGGGUUUGAGGAAGGAGACAUGCUGAUUGAAGACGGUUGCGAGUGUGAACCGUGCCGUAGACUAGCGGCGUGGGAGGAACUUGUAGGCGUCGCAAUCCCCUUGCUGGAGAAACUCAAACCGCCGAGGUCUGAUGCAUCAGUUGGCACUGACUAAUCAACUUACGAAGCAGAAGCCUAUGAAAAUUCCCAUACAAAAAAAUUGCGAACGCUUAAUUCGGUGCAACCGACCCUUAUCGAUGACCGAAAAUGAGUCUUGGUCUAGGAUACGAACAACCCUAGAGCUAGAGCUAAAGGGGUUAUAACGCAGUUAGCAUGUCUUUUUUUAAAUUAUUAUUAUUAUACUGUUAGCACAACUUAGUAACUCUAAUAUUCAAGGCGGCAAAUAUAAAGUUAUAAUUCUUAUAAUCAACAUCAUCUGAACUUGAAAAUAAGCUUUAUGUUUUAUGUAUUAGGUAGUAUUCUAACAGGAGACUGUAAAUUAAAUAGUAGUUUUAACUCUUACAUAUCAAAAUAUCUACGAUACUGUAGACAAUAUAAAAUAUUAUUAUAGACUGUAGAAUUUGCCUAGGUAAAUAGCUUUACAACAUUUAAAAAAACGGUGCAAUUGAAAUUGCAAAACUUGUAUAAUUAUAAUUAACCAGGCAACAAUUAAUCGCUCAGAAUAUUUUUGUACGUAUGUAGUUAGAUAGCUCUUUACAGUAUUUCCUUAUAAAUUGUGUUAAAUUUUAAUAUUUUACGAAUCACACCUUCGCCGAUCCGUGAAUUUUAAUCGAUAAAGUACUCAAUGUAAUUACUUCCUCGUAAUCUGAAUUGAUUGUUCAUAUCGCAAAAAUCCCGCUUGCUGGAAUUGUCCUAAUAGUGCCAGUACUAAACUUGUUACUUACUUAAUUAUGCUAUUCUAAAAACUUGGAGGUACAGUCUUGAUAACUCGACAAUGGAGAGGCACACUGACAUUUUAUCCCGCCAGGC